AUGCGCGGAGAUGUUCCGCAAGGCGAAUACGGCGGCCAGGACAGCCUGAACUCCAGUCUGCAACUGGAUUACGAAGACCUCGGGGGCUUCAAUCGUACCCUGAACGAUACGCUCUGGAUAGAUGGCACAACAACUAUAGCCCAAGAUGAAGAGAAGGUCUACUGGGCUUUGUUGCUCCUCAUCCUUCCAGUUCUGGCUGUUUUCGGAAACAUUCUCAUCAUCCUAGCCGUCUACAAAGAAAAAACCCUCAAAAGUGCCACAAACUAUUUCAUCGUCUCGCUGGCCUUCGCUGAUUUGCUGGUGGCGGCCGUGGUUAUGCCGUUUGCUGUCUACGUGUUGGUGAAUGUUCGCUGGGAACUGAGUGAAACGUUGUGCGACCUCUACAUUGCCAUUGACGUUACUUGCUCGACGGCUUCAAUUUUCAACCUCGUUGCCAUUUCCAUAGACAGGUUCAUCGCCGUUACUCAACCGAUCAAGUAUUCUAAGCAUAAGAACUCAUUCCGUGUCGCAAUUACAAUCGCCGCUGUCUGGGUCAUUUCGAUGGCGAUUGGCACCCCCAUCAUCCUCGGGUUGAACACCUCAUCGGAGCGUGUUCCCCACUUGUGCGUAUUCUACAAUUCUGACUUCAUUUUGUACAGCUCGUUGACAUCGUUCUACAUUCCGUGCUUAGUGAUGAUAUUGCUGUAUUAUCGCAUAUUCAAGGUCAUCCACAGCCGAAGUCAGCAGAAGGCCGCCGCGCAGGCUCAAAACGUUAAUCCGCCGUCCGCUAUCCAGAUGGAAGGAAAAGGUGCUCGCGUAGCCGCAGCCACGACUCCCGAACCACUCAAUGCCUCAAAUGACGUCGGGAACCCACAGAACCAAGAGCCUACCGUUACCGAAAGCGAUUCUCAGCUCAGUGAGCUCGACCUAGCGAACACUCACGGGCAGGUCGCUAGGAGGACUGGAGCUCUGAGCGUCUACAAGGGCUGGGAAUAA